GAAAAUUAUAUCCUUUUUUCCAAAUUUACUCAUCCUCGAAUCUGAAGUUCGUUCUCUUCUCACACCCAUAGCUAAAGAGAUAAAGAGACUUCAUUCAUCUGCUGUUCUUCGAUUUAUAGAGCUCAAAAUUCAUCUGCUGUUCUUCGCAUGGCCCGGGUUUUUUCUCUCUCCCAGUCUUUCAUUUCCUCCAAGUUUCAAUUAUCGGUUUUGAUUCCGUCUUCCUUUACUCUCGGUCAUCGGAACCGCUCUACACGGUCCGGCAAGGUCAAAUUCAUCGAAGUUGACCUCGAAUCGUCCUCUUACGGGGCUGAUUCAGAGAUUCUUGCUAUUAGGAAGCUCGACGACUUUGUACAAAGGAUUAUUGUUGAGCGAUCCACACCUGAUUGGCUUCCCUUUGUGCCCGGUUCGUCUUUUUGGGUUCCUCCACGCCGUAAUAAACCACGCAGGGUUGUCGACCUAUUCGAUAAAUUGGUUGAACCGAUCGCUAAAGAGGAUUCCCCUUCCCUUGCCAACGCCCGUGGUUGGCCCUGCUUAGAUUUUUUCGCCAAAGAAUCUAUCUCUGGACCAACUCGAUUGGCUCCAGUAGAUACUGAGUUGGAAACCUCAAACGAGUUGGAGAUUGACGUGAAGACACCAACAAGUAAAGAUAACUCAAAUCACCCUGAAGAUUGAGAAAGAAGAACCUCAUACCUCAUCCACUAACGGAGUUGGGAACGUUAGAUGGCUGUCAGAGAUUUGAGAGACCAAACGGGGUGGAAAGUGAUGGGGACGAGAAGUCGGAGAGAAAUAGGGUGCUCUACAGACGGUUCCAUUUUGGUUGCUGUGGUAUUCACUUCCAUUUGCUUCGCCUAAACUGUUCUGUCUACUUGAAGCCCACUCUGCACCCCUUCCCCCAAACUAAUGGUUGUUUAUGCUUCGUUGUUCUUGGACGAAAUUCACCAGCUUGUUAUUUAAAUGAGGUGAAUUAUCAAGUUAUCAACCCCUGUUCUAUCCAAUCUAUGCACAGCUACAAUAAAAGAAAUCUCCCUUGUGUAUGUAUAAAGUAACUGAUAAAUGUUUUCCAUUUCUAGUGGUUGAAGAUCAAUCUAAGCUCGUAGUUGCAAUAUUUUCUCCGACUGUUUGGAACUUUUGUGCUAUUGGUAUAGCAAGUUCUCUUUUAUGGGUUCA